GCCUGGGCUUUGAUUGGCUGUCCGCGGGGGUUUGAAAUUUAACUGUUGUCAGGGCGCGGAGCGCUGGAGCUGGAGCUGGAGCGGGAGCGGGAUCUGACCGCCUGACUGACUGAGAGUGAGAGUUCGGGGAAACAAUGCCUUCAAGAAGGAAAGCAACUGGUCGCAAAAAGAAUGCCCUGGAAUUAAAGAAAUAUGAAAAGCUUCAAGCCUUCCUGAAGGAUUUUGACAUUGAAGUUGAACGCCGGAAGAGGGAGAUGGAAAAAGCAAUGAACAAUCUUCUCAUCACAGUAGAUGCCUAUUACAGUCGUGCAAUUAUGAAACUCCCACUGGCUGUUAGACAAAUGGAUUUCCUUGACUACCUCGCCAUGGGUGGAAGCGCAAAGGCCGUGGCUGAAGUUGAACAGAAACGAAUUGAUGCUGCCUGUUUGGAAAUUGAAGCCAUAGAAUCUGAAAUCUUGAAAGAUGCUGCACUGUUAAAGAUAACUAAGAAACGUAAAAUCAAGGCAAGGAAUGAUGGUGAUGGAGUCGUAAGUGAGGAUGAAAAUCUUGCUCCUUCGACCAAGAUGUUCCGAAAGAGUAAAAAAACUGUAACCCUGUCAGUUAAAAGUAGGCCUCCAUCAGCAUGCGCCACAGGUACUCGCACUAGAAGGAAUAGCCGAACCAAGGGCCUACAUUCUACAAGCAACAGUGAUAUAUGGGGACCCACACCACUGAUAACGCCUAAAUUUGAUUCAAGACUGCCAAAGACGACAAUGCGUUUACGAAAAGUGGGGGAGCGUGUAUAUAGUUUUUCUGGAAGCCCACUAUCUGAACCCAAAGAAAUGACCAUCAAUAUUCCAACUCAGGAUGGACAGAAUAUUCAACUUCUGGCCAGCAAAAUAAACAAUACAGAUUUUACUCAACUGGAUGACAGGACAUUUAAAAGUUUUGAGCAACUAUCUCGUCAGCUCAAUGAAGUGUUGAAGACACGAAGAUGAAAGCUCAAGUGCCAGCCUUCCAUACUGGUUUUAAGUAGUAUACCAUUUACAUGUACUUAGUGAUUAAAGCUGUCUUUUUUUUUGUUAAAACUGUAUUUGUUAAUAAAUAAUCCUUUUUUUUUACAUAAUCAAACUGCCCACUACUGGUUCCACUACUGCGCAAAGAAACUGUUUGUGUCUCUGAAUUUCAAGCCAUAUCUAUGUUCUGACUGGUUCAUGUGUUCACUAUGGUGCAAAGCUUUGUCUAAAUUCAUAGCAAUUAAGGAUUCAAUGUACAUUAUUCUAAAUACCAGAAUUCAUUGUCCGUGCCUCAUUUAGAAAGGUGAUUGUGGGAAUUUUCCCACACCACCAAUCCAAGUGGUGAAGGUACUUAGUAGUUUGAUCUUUUUAUACUUUCUUUCUAGGCCACUUCUCUGAGCAAUUUAGAAUAUGCUGUCUUUUUACAGUAUUAUAUUGCAUAUAACCCUGACUGGGCAAUGGUGGCAAGUUUCAUUCCCUAUCAAAGUCAAAUUUUGAACCAAUGGUGCGAAUUGAAGUCAGUCUCUAGAAUGUUAAUCCAGUGACGCAUUGCUCCCUGGAUUUUCUCCUGUGAGUAAAAUAAUUAAGAUACAAAGUCUUCAAUUUUUGUAUGCAUUCUAUUUCCUCACUUUUUGGAGGAAGCAUUAGUAAGACCACUUGUAAUUAAAGGUUCCCCUGGAAUAGAUGAGAUGUUUCUGAAGAUACUGAGGGAGGUAUGGGUAAGAACUGCAGAGGAACUGACCAUAAAAUUGCAAUUGCCUUGAGGAACAGGACUGGUGCCAGAAGAUAGGAGAACUGAAUGUUGUACGGUUGUUCAAAGGCAUGUACAAGCUGGCGUUACCCUGAAGC